UUUUGUUUUGUGACCAACCGAAAACUGAUUUGUGAUUUCGUUUUCACGGUUGUUUGUCAGAAACUGAAGACCCGUUUACAAUAUUGUCUGCGUUUAUUAGAAAAUGUAAUUUGAAUGCAAUUUUUGCAGUAAAUUCAAAUUUUUUAUUGUGUUUCACUUGUGAUAGUUUCGAUAAAUCUUCUAAAAUGAGUAGAAGACGCGCUCACGACGAUGAUGAAGACGGAUAUGAUCGUUCGUUCAGGAAGAGGCGACGCAUUGACGAGAGUCAGGAGAUCGAAGUUCGGUUAGAGACACUUACCGCAAGAGUAGGGGAAAAGAGUACCUCCUCGCUGGAAUGCAAUCUAGAGGGUCUGGCAUCCGUGUUGGAGGCGGAUUUGGCCACCUAUCGUACAAAGGUGCUUCGUAUCCUCACAGAGUGCGCCGUGAAAAUGCCUGAGAAGUGUACCAUCUAUAGUACAUUGGUUGGACUGCUUAACGCCAAGAACUACAAUUUCGGCGGAGAGUUUGUGGAACAUAUGGUGCAGAAUUUGAAGGACUCCCUGAAGAAUGGCGCCUGGAACGCGGCUCGCUACAAUCUGAGAUUUCUCGCCGAUCUGGUGAAUUGCCACGUGGUGGCCGCCAAUUCUCUGCUGCAGCUGCUGGAUAAUAUGUUGGAUGUCGCUAAGGAGGAGGGGGGACCUAGUGUGCGGAAAGACUGGUACGUCUUCGCCGUGAUGAGCUGUCUGCCCUGGGUAGGCCGUGAGCUAUACGAGAAGAAAGAGCAGGCCUUGGAGAUGUUGAUGGUGAACAUAGAGGUGUACCUCAACAAGAGACCCAAGAAGCAUGUCAACGCACUCAAAGUGUGGCACAGCGACAUUCCGCACCCUCAAGAGGAGUACCUGGACUGUUUGUGGGCGCAACUACGCAAACUGCGCCAUGACAAUUGGUCCGAAAAGCAUAUACCGCGCCCGUACCUCACGUUCGACUCGAUCCUGUGCGAGGCGUUGCAACAUAAUCUGCCCGCCAUUCUUCCCCCUCCACAUCACAACUCCAAUACAUAUCCCAUGCCUCAUGUCGUCUUUAGGAUGUUCGACUAUACUGAUUGUCCUGAGGGUCCAAUACUGCCUGGUGCCCAUUCUAUAGAAAGAUUUCUCAUCGAAGAACACUUUCAUCAGAUUAUUGAAAUGUAUCAUCUGGAACGUAAAGUUUGUGCUCUGAACCUUUUGGAAUUUCCCUACAAACUGAAGAUUCCCCUGGAAUAUUGUAUGGUGGAGGUUAUAUUCUCGGAGCUAUUCCAUCUGCCCACUCCGAGAUAUUUAGAAGUAUUCUAUGGAUCCGUGCUGAUUGAACUGUGCAAACUGCAACCCACCACUAUGCCUCAGGUUUUGGCCCAGGCGACUGAGAUGCUAUUCUUCAGAAUAGAAACUAUGAACGUCACGUGCUUUGAUAGGUUUGUGACGUGGUUCUCGUACCAUUUGAGCAAUUUCCAGUUUCGUUGGAGCUGGGAAGACUGGGAGAGUUGUCUUGCUCUAGACUCUGAACAUCCCAGGCCCAAAUUCAUCAAGGAAGUCCUAAUGAAAGCUAUGAGAUUGUCUUAUCACCAGAGAAUGAAAGAUAUAAUGCCGGCCAGUUUUGAAGCAAUGGUACCAGCCAAGCCUGAGCCCCAUUUCAAAUAUGCAGCUAAGAAUGCAGCAACCCAGCCGGGCACCCAAGUGUCCCACACACUCGCCGAGGCGAUUCGCCAAAAGUGCACGUCAGACGAUGUGCUCGCCAUACUCAGGCAACUGCCCCAUCCCAACGAGGAGGACCCCUCCGCCUCACUCGCCGCAUCCUCCUCCACACACUUCAACCCAGCGCACAUCUCAGUCCUCAUCCACACGCUGCUUCAUCUCUCCGCCAAGAGCUUCUCACACUCCUUUGCUGCCAUCUCAAAGUAUCACCAAGUAUUCAAGACACUGGCAGAAUCUGAGGAAGCCCAAAUCUGUAUUCUGAAAAGUUUGUUCGAGCUAUGGCAUGAUCACCAGCAGAUGAUGGUGGUAAUAAUCGACAAAAUGCUGAAGACGCAGAUUUUAGAAUGUUCUGCAGUCGCUAAUUGGAUAUUCUCCAGGGAAAUGAGCCACGAAUUCACCAAACUCUACCUUUGGGAAAUCCUGCACCUCACCAUUCGCAAGAUGUCUAAACAUGUUGCGCGGUUGGCGCGCGAAGCACGCGAGGCUCGCGAACGGUUGGGCGCGGCCGGCGCAAGCAGUUCGGGCGAGGAUGACGAUGAAGAGGAAGAGGACGACGACCUUGACGAGGCGGCGGCGGGAGGCGGAGCCAAAGUGGGAGGAGCCAAGUUGGGCGGAGCAAAAGUGGGAGGAGCCAAAGUGGGCGGGGCUGCGGCUGGAGGCUCCGCCUCCUCCGCUAAGAAGCCGACCGAGGAGCAGGUGGAGCGGAUGGAGGAACGGUUGGAGGCAGCCGAGGCAGAUCAGAAGAAUUUGUUUCUGAUUAUAUUCCAGCGGUUCAUUAUGAUAUUGUCUGAGCAUAUUGUCAGGUGUGACACUGAUAAUCAGGACUUCAAGACGCACUGGUACGGCUGGACGAUUGGCAGACUGCAGCAAGUGUUCCUAUCUCAUCAUGAACAG